AUGGCCAAUAAACAAAGCAAGGGCUUAUGGUUCAAUCCCAUUAUCAUCGACGAUGAGCAAGAUGUCAUCAAACUGGAAGACACCGCCCCCUUAGCCCGUACCGCUCCCCUGGCGAGGAGUCCUAAUCCCUUGGCUAGUACUACCAUCUACCUACCAGUCCGGUUCGGAACAAUGCGAACAAGGAACCAACUUUGUCGGCCACUCGAGGGUGUUCGGAACAAGUCACCAGAUGAGUUCCAUCUCAAAAUCGAUCAAGCGUACGGACACUUUUGUCACAAGUUCAGAACCACACAGCAGACCUACCUUGAUCAAAUCAGUCCAAUUAUUACAACAGGAAAUUGUUUCUCGGCAUUCACCCAGAUCUUUCCCUCCGCAAACCUUACCCAGGUUAUGCAGCUUAUGCUACGUGCAGAGAAACGACAAACUUGGGCAUUAUUCCAUAUGUAUGAUAUCAACUUCUCAAUCUUCAAGGAUGCCCUCCCUCGGCAACAGAGCAAACGGUUUUAUAUCCCCAUUGACCUAAGCCGGGAUCAACGUCAAGGGAUCCUCACUUUUGAAACAGAGGUCUUCCACCGCUGCAACUGGAGACGGCAUCGACCCGAGACAUGUUGCAAUUGA